AAAAUAACAUGCUUUUUAAGUUUACAGAAAUAUUUUAUUGUACUUGCCAUAUUACACAAACCGUAUUCAUGCAUUACCAUAAUCUCUCAAUCUGUUUCUAUUUCAGUUAUUGUAGCGUCUCACAAAUUAUAAGGAUGCACUGGUCGAUGAACACGCUGCCCCUGCCUCCAUUUGUUGAGGUGGGUGUCCAUUCACUGAGUGGCCUUCUGUGGACUCUGCUGCUCCUCUUUCUGUGGCACUGUUACCGGAUGGGCUCCGACCUGCCGAUCCCGGGCCACGCACACGCCGGAAAGCUCAAGUCAGGCUCAAGGCGGUCCAUGUUGUCCCGUGGCGGAAGCUGUGCUGGAACAAAGUGUAAUGCACGAUCUAAGCUGUCAAGGAGUGAUCAGAUUACUCCCUUUAUUUCCAUGGAAACAGAGGAGGAUGAGGAGCAGGGACAGGGCUACCUCACCCCUGUGCUGAGUCAUGCCUUGUUCCCAGCUCAGGCAUCUGCAGAAGCCAAGAAACUCUACGCAGCACUGCAAGAGUAUGCCAAGCGCUACAGUUGGGUGGGCAUGGGCCGCAUUCAUAAGGGCCUCCGUGAGCAGGUCAGACUGAACGAUCACUCCGCUAUCCAGAAGCCUCAUCUCUUCUUCCUGCCAGAUGUCCCAAGUGUUCCUUUCUUCCCAAGAGAUGCUCAUCGACAUGACAUUGAGGUCUUGGAAGCCAACUACUCUGUAAUCUUGGCCGAAUUCAGGGCUGUAUACCAGAGGGGCAUCGACUCAAAACUAGGCUGGACCUGUUUGGGACCAAAGGGCCAGGCAGUGUUUCCUUUGUACAGUGCAGGUUUAUCAGUAGCAGGAAACUGUCGCUCCUGUCCCUGCACCUACCGCACUCUGCUCUCUCUACGUACGUUCAUAAGCAGUAACUCGUUGGGAUCUGCUGGGUUUUGGCUGUUGGGGCCUGGGGCCACGCUGGGGAGCUCAUAUGGUCCCACCAAUACGCGCCUUCGUUGUCACCUUGGUCUGCAGACUCCACCCCUGUGUGAGCUGGUGGUGGGAGGGGAGCCUCAGUGCUGGUCGGAGGGACACUGCCUCCUGGUUGAUGACUCGUUCCUCCACACGGUUUCCCACAAGGGAAGUCCAGAUGCUGGACCCCGAGUCAUUCUGAGUGUGGACCUCUGGCAUCCAAACGUGGCCGCAGCAGAGAGACAAGCUCUGGACUUUAUGUUCAACCCCGACCUCUGAAUCUGCUCCUGCCACUACCAACAAAAUACAACAAGCAGGGAUGCCUUAACUUAGCCCUGUUUGUUGUGGGUCAUGCAUCUCAUUCCAGUCGAUGAAUCACUGUGUGAAUCUGCUUAUAGAAUUACACAAGCCAUUAGCCACGCUUUCAAGUGGUGUUGGAUUUAUGGUCUACACUGGAAAGUGCCACAGGAGCAAAUUAUUAUGGAUGAUGUUAGGAAAUUUGGUAACACUUUCUAUGAAGAC